AUGAUACCCCACGGCGCACGGCGGGCCAUGCAUCGAAUUAAUGAACAAGCAAUGAAUGAGAACGAGCAGGCAGACACUUCCGAGACUCACAACUCCAAUCUCGAGACUCCCGAAUGUCUGCCAAGUGCCUGGGACGUCCUCCGAGUACGCGGUCUAUUCCAAUGGAAAUUAGGAGUCCCCGUCGAGAUCAUAGACGAGAUCAUCGACGAAGCCGAAUACUGGCCAUCCAGCACAUCCACAAUGACCCAGCCAGAAAAAGGCCAUCGAAUAAUCAGAAAAGACCGAGACCAAGUCCUCCUCAAGACAGUCCCGCUCUGCUACGACCGAAAGAUUGUGUUCCGCCUGUCAUCUAAUGACCAGGGAGCUGGCCAUGUUCGCGAGAAUAUGUAUGAACACUCUUGGACGUGGUUUGAUGCGGUGGUUAUCCACGGCGCGCAUGCGCGGAAGAUGUAUAUCGAUGGCGAGGAACAAGAACUUCUGGACAAUGAAAAGGGCGAAACGGCGAUAUCGCAUGAACCUGAUGAUCCUCUUUUGUUGCCCCGCGCGGACAAGAUCCGGGUCAAUGGUGCCCGGGUGGGUAUGGUACAGGACAUUGAGCUUAUUUGGCAUUAUCGGGAUAACAUACAGCCUGAUUCUCCUGCUGCGUAUGAUAUUGAGAAGACUACGGGCCGUGGCCGUGCUACUCUUGAUGGACGGUUUGUGCGUGAGUUGCAAGUAGGGGAUUCAAUUGCUGUUUGGGCGCGCGCGCGAUUCCCUGGCUGGGCUAAUCAUGUCCAUCGUGCUUCUGUGACUGUGUAUUGGGCCGUUUGA